CACCACAACCAACAUAUUCAAGAUGCAGUUCUCCAGCCUCGUCACCAUCCUCUCCUCCGUCGCCGCCGCGGCCGCCGUCUCCGUCUCCUACGACACCGGCUACGACGACGGUUCCCGCUCCCUGACCGCCGUCUCCUGCUCCGACGGCGCCAACGGCCUCAUCACCAAGUACGGAUGGCAAACACAGGGCCAGGUCGCAAAGUUCCCCUACAUCGGUGGCGCUGACGCCAUUGCCGGCUGGAACUCCCCCAACUGCGGCACUUGCUGGCAGCUCACCUACAACGGCAAGAGCAUCAAUGUCCUCGCCAUCGACCACGCCGGCUCCGGCUUCAAUCUCGCCCUCGGCGCCAUGAACGACCUCACCAACGGCCAGGCUGCUCAGCUCGGCCGCAUCGAUGCCCAGGCUACUCAGGUCGGCCUUAACGCCUGCGGUCUGUAGAUCAAAUAGUGGCAACGAAACAAUGUCUUUUUAACGACGAGAACGGCAUAUUAAUCAGCAUCAAUAAUUGGAGGGUGGUUCAAAUGGGAAAGCCCCCGACAUUGCAUGGAACCGGCGCUAUUCAAUCCUUUGGCAUAUGCAUAUCACGAUACAUUCCUUACAUAGAAGCAUAAUCAAUCAUAAUGAGACGUGGCUUACUGCCUCUGUCUAUCAGCAUUACAAGAAA